UGUAAACAUUCAACAAUUUCCAUUUUGCACAUUGUCAUUGUUAAUAUUUGAUGGUGCUUAGUUUAGAGAUUGAUAGGUGAAUUUGAACUAUGGCAAGGCCAAAAGAAAUGGUCCCAAACCAGGCUCUGGGAAGGGCAUUUCUAGAUCGGAGUGAAAGAGAACGGUCUCGUCUGAAACUGACUUUGGCCAAACAAAUGCAAAAAGAUAUUGGAAGAAUGCUAGAUGAAGAAAUUCACUCUGACUUAGAAAUUGUGGUUGGGAAUAGGGCCAUUCCUGUCCACAAAUUUUUCAUUAAAACCAGAAGUAAGCGAAUUUAUGAGCGACUUUUAGAACUGUCUGGUGGCGAGUCACAGAGUAGAUCCUUGACCAUGCCUUGCUGGUUAGACUAUGACACAAUGAUCAUCUUGUUUCAUCAGCUGUACAAUGUGAAUUCUGUGGAUGGAGAAAUUGACGAGGUAGACAUAGCAGCAGGCCACACUAUGGUGGACUACCUCCUGUCACUAUUGUCUGAGAAAAAGCCCGACCAGAGGGAGGGCUCUUCUGAAUCUGAGGAAGAGGAAGAGGGGGAGGGAGGCAGAAAGGAGGGGCAGGACAUGAAUGGGGAGGGAACAAAGUGGGCUGAACCUCCAGGAAGUGAAGCUGUUUUAAUGAAUGGGCUGAGCCAGGGAAUGGAAGAGUGUGAUAAAACGGUUCCUGGUGAAAAUGUGGAAGGAAAAGUGAUUAACACUGAAAACUGUGUGGAGGAAAAUGGCAUAUGGGUGAACAAUCAAAUAUCUGGUGAAUUAUCUUCACAUGUUGAUAAAAAUGGACUUGGUGAACAUGAACAUCAUAUGUCAGAAAAUGUAGACUCUGCACAAAGUGCAGCUGAUGAUGAUCUCAGAUUAAGUGAUGUAGAGGAUGUCGUAGAGGAGAAACAGAAUUUGUCGGAACUGAUCAAGAUGUCGUAUGACAUAACGGUGCCGUACGACACGUGUAGUGUUCUAGGAGAGGAUCUCCUACGUGGAUACUUACAGGACUUAGAUUACGAUUGUGUCAUCACUGUGUCCGAUGUGCAUUUCAAGGCUCACAG